AUGGCCGCAUGCAGCAGCGCUCUGCCAAGUGUGUUCACGCUUGUUCUGUCCUUGCUGCUGCUCCUCCAGCUUCUGGUCAGUUUGAUAGCGCCGCGUGAUUCGUCUGCACCCGACUUUACCGUCAUCAGUAUAAGUAGUCACGAAUCCGGAUCAUUAGACUCCAGCGUGGAUGCACGCUCGGACAGCGCGCCGGAACUUUGGCAAAAUGAAGAGACGGCGGCACGACUGCGCGCCUACGCCGACGAGAACGAGCUGAACUCUCGCCAGGUAAACACUGCUGAAAGCCGAACACACAGAAUCACACACACACACACACACACAAAUAGGCAUGUGAAAUUUGACAGACUCAAGAGGCCUGUGGAUUUGUUUGUGCAGGCCACAGACAGAAAACUUGUGCUUCAGCCUUGGACAUCUGGACAAACAUCUUUUAGUGAUGAAGUGCAGCGUCUUAUCCAAUUCAUUACCACACCAGAGGUGAAUUGUUCCAGAUGGCAGGGUUCUGUUGAGUCUGGGUCUGCAUAUGCUGGGGGAAGUUCAGAGGCUUUGUGCUUUAAUUACUGGGCCCCUGGCCGUCCUUGUGUCGCUUACUCUUUCAGUUUGGAUGGAAAGGAUGCAAUGAUUCUGGAAUCCACAUUAAGUAUGAGAUGUGAGGUGCAUCGCUUUGACCCUAGUACUCGCCGCAAACAUGGUAGUGGCUCUGGAUAUGGAUCUGUCCAGCACCAUCAAGCUUGGCUUGAUUGGAGGCGUCCCCAUACUCGACCUCACAGGGGAGUUUUGGGGACUAUACCUCGCCGCCUGGUGGACAUCAUGGACUCACUGGGUCACAGCAUGGUGCAUGUUCUGUGGGCAGAUCUGGAGAGUGCAGAAUGGCGUGUGUUGGAGAGUUGGGUGCAGGAUGGAACUCUCAGACGAAUCAGUCAGCUCAUUCUGACUGUACAUCUACAAUGGGCGGGGUUUGAAGUGGGUGGGACUGAGGCAGAAGUAGUUCGAUUCUGGUACAGUGUACUGAGGGCUUUGCACAGCUCAGGCUUCCGCCUGACUUACUCAGUCCCUGGGCCAGGACACACUGUACUGAGACAACAACUUCCCAACACACACAGCUCAUACAAACUUACCUGGGUUAGGAUGGGUGAACAAUUCAAAUGAUAACCAGCAAUUCUUCAGACUUAUGAAAACUGCUGCAAAUGCACAUGCUGAGGAAAGAUCAAGUGACUUUUGAAAAAUGGGAAUUAGGUUGUUGUUGUUGUUGACACUGCAGUAUUUUGUACAAGAUCAUAGUAUUUGGUAAGGAGUGGUAACCUUUAGGGUGCCACCCGAGUGACAAGGAGAGUGAGAUUGUGAACGAGAUCAACUUUCACACUUCCGUCAAUUUGUCAAAUCGAACAGCCAAAUAAAAUGUACCAAUACCUAAUGUGCAUAUUUCAUAUUUCAAAUAUUAUUUCAUGUUGCACAGAAAUGAAUGAUUUCAUCCAUAUUUGUUUCAAAUAUCUUAUGCAA